AGUUGUACAAUUUAAGUAGUGUUGUGGACACGCAAAGCGCAUGUAUGCUGCACCAAAGUCCGCAUUACGUUCCAAUAAUGUAAAAAAAUCUAAUUAAAAAUAAAAUAUCAACUUAAAAAAUUAUACAAAAUGAGUUAACCAUAAUUUAUUCUAACUUUAUCAGAUCAGAAAAUGAUAAUUUUUCCAUUUUGUUCUUAAUUUUUAUGUGAGAUUUAAGAUGUUAAUAAAAGCGAAGUGAAUUCAUCAUAAUAAGUACUCUGUUUUUGUUUUUUGCAUAAAAUUUGUUAAACUAAAAAUUUUUUUUUUGUUCAUAUUUUCUUAAGAAUAUUUUAGCAUAAUCCGUGUGGACAAAGGCAUUAUUAUCAUCUCAAGUGCGUAGACUUGUGGUGCAUAAUUAUCAUCUAGAAAUUUGGAAAAGCUAUUGAAUAAGAAGUUCAUAUUUGAUCUACAAUGACUACUGCUGCUAGACCAACAUUUGAACCAGCUAGAGGAGGAGGUGGUCGGGGGGAGAAAGACUUGAGUGCACUGUCUAAGCAAUAUUCUAGUAGAGAUCUUCCUGGGCAUACAAAAUUAAAAUACAGGCAAACAGGACAAAAUACCUCUGAUGAAUUAAAAAACAGAGACUUCAGAAGAGAGUUGGAAGAAAAAGAGAGGGUUGUUGUUCACGAGAGAGAAGGAAAAAGAACUUCUAGAGAUCUAAGUGGUGGUUCAUCCAAAAAAUCAAGACUAGAUCAAUUGCCAGCAGCAAACGUAGAUGCAGAUGACCCAGUUGAUGAGGAUGAUGAAAGUGAUGACAGUGAUGAUGAUGAUACUGCUGAAUUGAUGGCAGAACUACAUCAAAUUAAAAAGGAAAGAGCUGAAGAAGCUGCCAGGAAGGAAGCUGAGAGGAAAGCCCAGGAAGAAAAAAUAAGAACUGAAAACAUUCUGCGUGGGAAUCCCCUUCUGAAUGAGAAAGCAGAGUUCAAAGUGAAAAGAAGAUGGGACAGCGAUGUUGUUUUCAAAAACUGUGCCAUCGAUGAGCCGGAUAGAAAGGAGAAGCCCUUCAUCAAUGACACUUUAAGAUCUAGUUUUCAUAAAAAAUUUAUGGAGAAGUAUGUAAAAUAAAAACAAGACAGGAAUGUCUUCUUGUUGUACAUAAUUCUUUGUUUUAUUUU